AUGUCGCUAGCACGUAAAUUCCACAAGCGCGGUCGCGUCACCGCCGAUACAGGUAGCAAGGCUGUUGGCGGAUGGGGAACCACGGCGGACAAUCCCGUGCCCUCUGUUGAGAAAGAUAAGGGAUACCCCGAAGUUCGCUACACACGAGCAAACCCCAGAGACUACAACAACAAUGAAUCCUAUCAUGAAACAUCAUCCCCGUCCACACCGCCCCUAAAAGUCCCACCUUACGUCCCCAAUCAGCCCGUCAACCACAUCCCGGACUUCUCCGACUCCGACGAGGAGGCCGAGUUCGCCGCGAAAGUUGAGGCGACCUACAAGAGGAUGGAGGCUGACAGGGGGCAAAGGCCGACGGUGCGGCUGGCUGCACCCAAGCGGAAAAUCACUGAACUCCUCUCUGACGACGAUGCCUCCGACGACAAGGUAGAUGUUAAGGAAGAAGAGGAAGAAGAGCAAGAAGUCAGAGAGGAGGUCGAAGAAGAUGAAGAAGUGCCGAUCGCGCGGUCCGACAUGAUAAAUAACUUAGUAGACCUCUUGGAGAUGACUGGUAUCACGCUAAACUUCGUCGUCAAGUUACGAGGAGUCGAUAUCGACCCGACGGACUUGGAGGAGGUUAGGGAUGUGCUUGAUGACUACCUCGAGAACGAAAGCAAGCCGUUAGAAACGCCUGCUGAGGACGCAUCCGAGCACGCGGCGGCCAUGAUUGAGCGGCUAUUCGACAUGCCGCUCCGCGAGUUCUUACCCCUGGCAUACGAUGUUGCCCAGUUUAGGGACGACAUGGAAGCGCAGGGAAUUUCUCUGAACCAGGAGUAG